AUGAAAGUCGGCAUCGUGAAUGCAGGCAAUGUUGGAUUGCGUCUGGGUAUUGCCUGGAUCCGCCUGGGUCAUGAUGCCGUGCUCAGCAAAGACACUCAUGCGGAACAGCUUCGAGAGCGCGUCCGAGAACUAUCUUUGAAAAAAGGCAUCGGAGAGGACGAGACGGCCCGGUUUAAAUAG